UGGGAUUUGCUUUUCUUAGAGGGUAAAGAAGAGCACACAUGCCAGGCUAGCUCUGUGCCACGGAGCACACCCCCCGGCCCAGGGUGAAUGUUUCGAACGACAAAAGGUGUGUGACCAAGAGCUGGUGUGGUGGCGCACGCCUGUUAACCAGCUUUCGGGAGGGUGAGCAGGAGAAAGGCAAGUUCGAGGCCAUCAGCCCCGUUUCAAAACAAGCAAACAAAAGGAAAAUCGAGAACCGCUUUGGCGUAACUGUGCUAGUACUAAAAAGGGAAGCUUAUGGCGCAUAGAUUUACAAGGAGGGAACCACAGAAUGCACUCACAGAAAGGCAAAGUAGAAUUAGUCACUGCCCGGUGCGGGUCCCUCUGGAGUCCCCACCACGACCACUGCAGACUGCGGGACUGGGGGCGGGGGCACGCACAAAUGUCCCCAUCCUUCUCCGCUCGCGUAAGCUAGUUCUGCUUGAUCCCUUGGCCUAAUUCCCUGGUUGAAGUCCAGAGCCGGCUGUGGAGAGGGAACGCCAUCGCCCCACCCCGCCCUGCAGCCCUCUGUCCCGCAGGCGCAGGGCGUUAGGGCCUCCGGUGCAGGCUUUCGCUCCAGGCGACCCCGGUAGCCAGCGCGGCAGGUGCAGCACCGCUCGGAUGUAGCUCUCCAGACUGGCACCUGUGAGAACUGUGACAGACUUAUCAGUGCCUGACAACCUGAUAUGACGGUGGCAGCCAGGGUAUUCUGGAGUAGCCUCAGCCUGCUUCGUGUCUUAUGGUGUCUCCUUCCCCAGACUGGCUACAUCCACCCAGAUGAAUUCUUCCAGUCACCUGAGGUCAUGGCAGAGGACAUCCUGGGUGUGCAGGCUUCACGGCCCUGGGAAUUUUACCCCAGCAGCUCCUGCCGCACUGUGGUCUUCCCACUGCUGACCUCUGGCUCUACCUUCUGGUUGCUCAGGCUCUGGGAAGAGCUGGGGCUCUGGCCUGGUCUGGUGAGUGGCUACAUGCUGCUGGUGGGGCCCCGAUUCCUUCUCACCACCCUCUCCUUUGCCCUGGACUGGGCUGUCUACGAUCUGGCCCCGCUGUGGGGGGCAGAUCGUUGGAAUGCCUUGUGCCUGCUGUCUGGUUCCUAUGUCACCCUGGUUUUCUACACAAGAACCUUCUCCAACACCAUCGAGGGACUGCUCUUCACCUGGCUGCUGGUGCUGGUGUCCCCUGGUGUGGUAAGGAGUCCCACAUCAAAGAAGCCUACCCCAGGUCCACAGUGGCACGGAUAUCUUCUUGGUGCCAUCGUGGCUGCUGGCUUCUUCAACCGGCCAACCUUUCUAGCCUUUGCUCUGGCCCCCCUCUCUCUCUGGGGCAUCCACAGAGCUUCAGAACUUGGUGGUAUCAAGGCCCUGAUCCAGGAGGCCCUGGUGCUGUUGCCAGGGGCCGCUCUUGCCGCAGUGCUGUGUGUAGCCACGGACAGCUGGUACUUCUCCAGCCUCUCGAGAUCCACGGGCGUCUUUCUCACACCCGUCAACUUCUUGUACUACAACCUGGACCCCCAAAACCUUGCAAGGCACGGCACACACGCACGGCUCACUCACCUGGCAGUCAAUGGCUUCCUGCUCUUUGGGGUGUUGCAUGCUCAAGCUCUGCAGGCUGCAUGGCAACAACUCCACGCCUGCCUCCGUGCAUUCCCCCAGUCAGGCCUCUUGAGGGUGCUGGGUGCCCGGGGUCUGUUGUCUAGCUCCAAGUCUUAUCUCCUUCUCCUCUACUUUACACCCCUGCUCCUGCUUUCUGCCUUCAGCCACCAAGAGGCUAGAUUUCUGAUUCCUCUCCUAGUCCCUCUAGUCUUGCUGUGCAGUCCACAAACCCAACCUAUACCCUGGAAGGGUACCCUGGUCCUCUUCAACAUCCUGGGUGCUCUCAUCUUUGGCUGCCUGCAUCAGGGAGGUUUGGUACCCGGCCUGAAGUACCUGGAGCAGGUAGUCCACGCGCCUGACCUCUCAGGCACGACCACCCACUACACACUUCUCUUCACACACACCUACAUGCCUCCCCAGCACCUCUUACACCUCUCAGGCCUGGGAUCACCCGUGGAGGUGGUAGACAUGGGUGGGGCUGAGGACGGGGUCCUGUGUCAAGCCCUGAACAACUUUAGCAGACAACCUGCCUGCCAACUGGCUGGUGGGCUGUGGCCCUGCCGACUCUUUGUGGUAACUCCUGGGACCAACAGGCACGCUCUGGAGAAGUGCCGUUUCCCCCUCAAGAAUGAGACUCUCUUGUUUCCCCACUUGACCCUGGAGGACCCUCCAGCCCUGUCCUCUCUGCUCAGUGGGGCUUGGAGGAAACACCUUAGUCUUCACAUCAUAGAACUGGAGAAGCCUGUUAUGACAAAGCAGCCCAAGGUUCAGCCAUAGAAGCCACUCCACCUUCUACACAGGCUGCUGGGCUGGGACACUGGAACAGGAUCUCCACUGCUCUCUCUUCUGGGCACAGCCUAAGGUUGUUUUAGGGGAGCCCACAUUCCUUCCCCUUAGACAACCAAAGAUCUGACCAGUCACGGUCCCAAUGCCAAGGUCCCCAAAGUAACCUAACAUAGCCACUGUCACCUGUCUGCUUCUAUGCCGUUAUUUCCCAUCACUGUCAUGUUUAAAAUAUAUAGUAGCACCUGGUUAUGAAAGACAA